UCAACUUGAUUGUGUACAUUCGAACAGAAAAAUCAUUUCUGCCAGUCAGAGAAUUUGGGGCCCCAGUUGCCAUUGAAAGGAAAAAAAUAAGGUGUUACGACAGAAAGAGGAGAUGUUAGGAAACCUGAGGAAGGAUGUGUUUUGUGGAUGAUUGGCUCAGCUGCAUUUGAACAGACUCUUCAAACAAAGCUGUUUUCAGAUGUUACAGGCUGGAUGGAUGGAUUCAGCCACUUACCUGGUAUUUGAUUUGUAAAGUGAAGAGCUUUUUUUCAGGGUACCUGAUAGUAGUUCUUUGCUUGUUUAAGAUGAAAUACUGACUUCUGAUAGUGGUGGAUAAGAAUGGAUCUUAGAACAUGUGUAGGAUGCCUUGUCUUUCAGUGUUUAGAGGGGAUUGUUUCCUGGAGCAGGGUUUCUCUGAGCAGCCUAGAAGUGAAACAUCCCUUGCGACCAUGCUGGAUGAAGACCUUCCAUUGCUGUGGAUGCCCUAACUUUGUAGGAGUGUGACAGAGACCGGGAAGCCUAUAGCUACGUUUUUCUCACAUCAGCUUAAUGAAAGGGACGGACUCUAGGGUGGCAUCCGAAGAGCCCCCAAAGAGAAAAUUCCGGUUGGCUAUAGAGGCAUGACAGGCGGUGUUUGCCGUGUGACAGAGAAGUCUCCUGCGAGAGAUUUUGGAUCAUUGUUUGACUUGGAAAAUGAUCUUCCUGAUGAGCUGAUCCCCAAUGGAGGAGAAUUAGGCCUUAUAAACAGUGGGAACCUUGUUCCAGAUGCUGCUUCCAAACAUAAACAACUGUCGGAGCUUCUGCGCGGAGGCAGCGGCUCUAGUAUCAACCCAGGAAUAGGAAAUGUUAGCGCCAGCAGCCCCGUGCAGCAAGGCCUCGGUGGGCAGGCUCAAGGGCAGCCGAACAGUGCAAACAUGGCCAGCCUGGGUGCCAUGGGCAAGAGCCCUCUGAACCAGGGAGAUUCUUCAGCCCCCAGCCUGCCCAAACAGGCAGCCAGCACCUCUGGGCCCACUCCCCCUGCUUCCCAAGCACUGAAUCCGCAAGCACAAAAGCAAGUGGGGCUGGUGACCAGCAGCCCUGCCACGUCGCAGACGGGACCUGGGAUCUGCAUGAAUGCUAACUUUAACCAGACCCACCCUGCCCUCCUCAAUAGUAACUCUGGCCAUAGUUUAAUGAACCAGGCCCAGCAAGGACAGGCGCAAGUCAUGAAUGGCUCUCUUGGGGCGGCCGGCAGAGGAAGGGGAGCUGGGAUGCCGUACCCCGCGCCCGCCAUGCAGGGGGCCUCGAGCAGCGUGUUGGCCGAGACGUUAACGCAGGUCUCACCGCAAAUGGCCAGUCACGCGGGACUGAACACGGCGCAGGCAGGAGGCAUGACCAAGAUGGGAAUGGCUGGUAACACAAGUCCAUUUGGACAACCCUUUAGUCAAACUGGAGGGCAGCAAAUGGGAGCCCCUGGAGUGAACCCCCAGUUAUCCAGCAAACAGAGCAUGGUCAAUAGUUUGCCUCCCUUCCCUACAGACAUCAAGAAUCCUUCCGUCACCAACGUGCCAAACAUGUCUCAGAUGCAAACUUCAGUGGGAAUUGUACCCACACAAGCGAUCACAGCAGGCCCCACUGCAGAUCCUGAAAAGCGCAAACUGAUACAGCAGCAGCUGGUUCUACUGCUUCAUGCUCACAAGUGUCAGAGACGAGAACAAGCGAACGGAGAAGUUCGGGCCUGCUCUCUCCCGCAUUGCCGAACCAUGAAGAAUGUUUUGAAUCACAUGACACACUGUCAGGCUGGGAAAGCCUGUCAAGUUGCCCAUUGUGCAUCUUCACGACAAAUCAUCUCUCAUUGGAAGAACUGCACACGACAUGACUGUCCUGUUUGCCUCCCUUUGAAAAAUGCCAGUGACAAGCGAAACCAACAAACCAUCCUGGGGUCUCCAGCUAGUGGGAUUCAGAACACGAUCGGUUCUGUCGGCACAGGCCAGCAGAACGCCGCUUCACUGAGUAACCCGAAUCCCAUAGACCCCAGCUCCAUGCAGCGCGCGUAUGCUGCCCUUGGUCUCCCCUACCUGAACCAGCCUCAGACGCAGCUGCAGCCUCAGGUUCCCGGCCAGCAACCAGCACAGCCUCAAAGUCACCAGCAGAUGAGGACUCUCAACCCCCUGGGAAAUAACCCAAUGAACAUUCCAGCAGGAGGAAUAACAACAGAUCAGCAGCCGCCAAACUUGAUUUCAGAAUCAGCUCUUCCAACUUCCCUUGGGGCCACAAACCCACUGAUGAACGAUGGCUCAGGCUCUGCAAACCUCGGGACCCUCAGCACUAUACCCACAGCGGCACCUCCUUCCAGCACCGGCGUGCGGAAAAGCUGGCACGAACAUGUCACUCAGGACCUGCGGAGCCACCUAGUGCAUAAACUGGUCCAAGCCAUCUUCCCAACCCCUGACCCGGCAGCCCUGAAGGAUCGCCGCAUGGAGAACCUGGUGGCCUAUGCUAAGAAAGUGGAGGGGGACAUGUAUGAGUCCGCCAACAGCAGGGAUGAAUACUAUCACUUACUGGCAGAAAAAAUUUACAAGAUACAAAAAGAACUAGAAGAAAAGCGGAGGUCACGUUUACACAAACAAGGCAUCCUGGGUAACCAGCCCGCCCUACCAGCCCCCGGGGCACAGCCCCCUGGGAUUCCGCAGGCACAACCUGUGAGGCCUCCAAAUGGACCCAUGCCCCUGCCAGUGAAUCGCGUGCAGGUUUCUCAAGGGAUGAAUUCAUUUACCCCAAUGUCCUUGGGGAACGUACAGUUGCCGCAGGCUCCCAUGGGACCGCGUGCAGCGUCCCCCAUGAACCACUCUGUCCCGAUGAACAGCAUGGGCUCCGUUCCAGGGAUGGCCAUUUCUCCUUCCCGAAUGCCCCAGCCUCCGAACAUGAUGGGCGCUCACAGCAACAACAUCAUGGCCCAGGCGCCUGCGCAGAACCAGUUCCUGCCUCAGAACCAGUUCCAGUCCUCCGGCGGGGCGAUGAGUGUGAGCAGCGUGGGCCUGGGCCAGCCGGCGGCCCAGACGGGCGUGCCGCAGGGACAGGUGCCUGGUGCUGCUCUUCCUAACCCUCUGAACAUGCUUGGGCCUCAGGCCAGCCAGCUGCCUUGUCCACCAGUGACACAGUCACCGUUGCACCAGACGCCACCCCCUGCUUCCACGGCCGCGGGCCUGCCGUCUCUCCAGCACCCGUCGGCGCCUGGGAUGACUCCUCCCCAGCCAGCAGCUCCCACCCAGCCAUCGACUCCUGUGUCGUCUUCCGGGCAGACCCCUACCCCGACUCCCGGCUCGGUGCCCAGUGCCAGCCAGACCCAGAGCACCCCGACGGUCCAGGCAGCAGCCCAGGCCCAGGUGACCCCACAGCCUCAGACCCCAGUCCAGCCCCCGUCUGUGGCCACCCCUCAGUCAUCACAACAGCAGCCGACGCCUGUGCAUGCCCAGCCUCCCGGCACACCGCUUUCCCAGGCAGCAGCCAGCAUCGAUAACCGGGUCCCUACUCCUUCCUCGGUGGCCAGUGCCGAAACCAACUCCCAGCAGCCAGGACCCGAGGCACCGAUGCUGGAGAUGAAAGCAGAGGUCAAGACUGAGGACACUGAGCCUGAUGCUAGUGAAUCCAAGGGGGAGCCGGGGUCUGCGAUGAUGGAGGAGGAUCUGCAAGGAUCUUCUCAAGUUAAAGAAGAAACAGACACAACAGAACAGAAAUCUGAACCGAUGGAAGUGGACGAGAAGAAACCGGAAGUCAAAGUAGAAACUAAAGAGGAAGAAGAGAGCAGCGCUAAUGGGGCCGCCUCUCAGUCAACAUCUCCUUCACAGCCACGCAAAAAAAUCUUUAAGCCGGAAGAGUUACGCCAGGCUCUGAUGCCAACCCUGGAAGCGCUGUACCGCCAGGACCCGGAGUCCUUGCCUUUCCGGCAGCCUGUGGACCCCCAGCUGCUAGGGAUCCCGGAUUAUUUUGACAUUGUCAAGAACCCUAUGGACCUUUCCACCAUCAAGCGGAAGCUGGACACGGGGCAGUACCAAGAACCCUGGCAGUAUGUGGAUGACGUCUGGCUCAUGUUCAACAACGCCUGGCUCUACAACCGGAAGACUUCCCGGGUCUAUAAGUUCUGCAGCAAACUUGCUGAGGUCUUUGAGCAGGAAAUUGACCCCGUCAUGCAGUCCCUUGGAUAUUGUUGUGGGCGCAAGUAUGAGUUUUCCCCACAGACUUUGUGCUGCUACGGGAAGCAGCUGUGUACAAUUCCUCGCGACGCUGCCUACUACAGCUAUCAGAACAGGUAUCAUUUCUGUGAGAAGUGUUUCACAGAGAUCCAGGGGGAGAAUGUUACCCUGGGUGACGACCCUUCACAACCCCAGACGACAAUUUCAAAGGAUCAGUUUGAAAAGAAGAAAAAUGAUACCUUAGAUCCUGAACCUUUUGUCGAUUGCAAGGAGUGUGGCCGGAAGAUGCAUCAGAUUUGUGUUCUGCACUAUGACAUCAUUUGGCCUUCGGGCUUCGUGUGCGACAACUGCCUGAAGAAAACUGGCAGAACUCGGAAAGAAAACAAGUUCAGUGCGAAGAGACUACAGACCACGCGAUUGGGCAACCACUUGGAAGACCGAGUCAACAAGUUUUUGCGGCGACAGAAUCAUCCCGAAGCCGGGGAGGUCUUUGUCCGGGUGGUGGCCAGCUCAGACAAGACUGUGGAGGUCAAGCCUGGGAUGAAGUCACGGUUUGUGGAUUCCGGGGAAAUGUCUGAAUCUUUCCCGUAUCGAACCAAAGCACUCUUUGCUUUUGAGGAAAUUGACGGAGUGGAUGUGUGCUUCUUUGGGAUGCACGUGCAAGAGUACGGCUCCGAUUGCCCCCCUCCAAACACAAGGCGUGUAUACAUAUCUUAUCUGGACAGUAUUCAUUUCUUCCGGCCCCGGUGCCUCCGGACCGCUGUUUACCAUGAGAUCCUUAUUGGAUAUUUAGAAUACGUGAAGAAAUUGGGGUACGUAACGGGACACAUCUGGGCCUGUCCCCCGAGUGAAGGAGAUGACUAUAUCUUCCAUUGCCACCCCCCUGAUCAGAAAAUCCCCAAACCAAAGCGCCUGCAGGAGUGGUACAAGAAGAUGCUGGACAAGGCAUUUGCAGAACGGAUCAUUCACGACUACAAGGACAUUUUCAAACAAGCGACCGAAGACAGGCUCACCAGUGCCAAGGAGCUGCCCUAUUUUGAGGGUGACUUCUGGCCCAAUGUGCUGGAGGAGAGCAUUAAGGAGUUGGAGCAAGAAGAAGAAGAGAGGAAGAAGGAGGAGAGCAGUGCAGCCAGUGAGACCACGGAGGGCAGCCAGGGUGACAGCAAGAAUGCCAAGAAGAAGAACAACAAGAAAACCAAUAAGAAUAAAAGCAGCAUCAGUCGAGCCAACAAAAAGAAGCCCAGCAUGCCCAACGUGUCCAACGACUUGUCCCAGAAGCUCUACGCCACCAUGGAGAAGCACAAAGAGGUCUUCUUUGUGAUUCACCUGCACGCCGGGCCCGUCAUCAACACGCUGCCCCCCAUCGUCGACCCUGACCCCCUGCUCAGCUGUGACCUCAUGGACGGGCGUGACGCCUUCCUCACCCUUGCCAGAGACAAGCACUGGGAGUUCUCGUCCCUGCGCCGCUCCAAGUGGUCCACGCUGUGCAUGCUGGUGGAGCUGCACACACAGGGCCAGGACCGGUUCGUCUACACCUGCAACGAGUGCAAGCACCACGUGGAGACGCGCUGGCACUGCACCGUGUGCGAGGACUACGACCUGUGCAUCAACUGCUACAACACGAAGAGCCACGCCCACAAGAUGGUGAAGUGGGGGCUGGGCCUGGACGACGAGGGCAGCAGCCAGGGCGAGCCGCAGUCCAAGAGCCCCCAGGAGUCGCGGCGCCUGAGCAUCCAGCGCUGCAUCCAGUCCCUGGUGCACGCCUGCCAGUGCCGCAACGCCAACUGCUCGCUGCCGUCCUGCCAGAAGAUGAAGCGGGUGGUGCAGCACACCAAGGGCUGCAAGCGCAAGACCAACGGGGGCUGCCCGGUGUGCAAGCAGCUCAUCGCCCUCUGCUGCUACCACGCCAAACACUGCCAGGAGAACAAAUGCCCGGUGCCCUUCUGCCUCAACAUCAAACACAAGCUCCGCCAGCAGCAGAUCCAGCACCGCCUGCAGCAGGCUCAGCUCAUGCGCCGGCGGAUGGCCACCAUGAACACCCGCAACGUGCCUCAGCAGAGUCUGCCUUCCCCUACCUCAGCACCGCCCGGGACCCCCACGCAGCAGCCCAGCACGCCCCAGACGCCGCAGCCACCCGCCCAGCCCCAGCCCUCGCCCGUGAGCAUGUCACCGGCCGGCUUCCCCGGCGUGGCCCGGACUCAGCCCCCCACCACGGUGUCCGCCGGGAAGCCCGCCAACCAGGUGCCGGCCCCGCCGCCCCCCGCCCAGCCCCCGCCGGCCGCGGUGGAAGCGGCCCGGCAGAUCGAGCGCGAGGCGCAGCAGCAGCAGCACCUGUACCGGGUGAACAUCAACAACGGCGUGCCCCCGGGGCGCACGGGCAUGGUGACCCCGGUGGGCCAGAUGGCCCCCGCGGGCCUGAACGUGCCCCGGCCCGGCCCGGUCAGCGGGCCCGUCGUGCCCAACCUGCCGCCCGGGCAGUGGCAGCAGGCGCCUCUCCCCCAGCAGCAGCCGAUGCCGGGCAUGCCCAGGCCCGUGAUGUCCAUGCAGGCCCAGCCGGCCGUGGCAGGGCCUCGGAUGCCCAGCGUGCAGCCGCCCCGGAGCAUCUCGCCCGGCGCCCUGCAGGACCUGUUGCGGACCCUGAAGUCGCCCAGCUCCCCGCAGCAGCAGCAGCAGGUGCUCAACAUCCUCAAGUCAAACCCCCAGCUGAUGGCGGCUUUCAUCAAGCAGCGCACGGCCAAGUACGUGGCCAGUCAGCCAGGCCUCCAGCCCCAGCCCGGCCUCCAGCCCCAGCCCGGCCUCCAGGCCCAGCCCGGCCUGCACCAGCAGCCCGGCCUGCAGAACCUGAACGCCAUGCAAGCCGGCGGGCCCCGGCCCGGCGUGCCCCCGCAGCAGCAGGCGAUGGGAGGCCUGAACCCCCAGGGCCAGGCCCUGAAUAUCAUGAACCCGGGGCACAACCCCAGCAUGGCGAGCAUGAACCCGCAGUACAGAGAGAUGCUGCGCCGGCAGCUGCUGCAGCAGCAGCAACAGCAGCAGCAGCAGCCGCCGCCGCCGCCGCCGCCACCGCCACAGGGCGGCGCGGGCAUGGCCGGGGGCAUGGCCGGGCACGGCCAGUUCCAGCAGCCCCAGGGACCCGGAGGCUACCCGCCGGCCAUGCAGCAGCAGCGGAUGCAGCAGCACCUCCCCAUCCAGGGCAGCUCCAUGGGCCAGAUGGCGGCUCAGAUGGGACAGCUCGGCCAGAUGGGGCAGCCCGGGCUGGGCGCGGACGGCACCCCCAACAUCCAGCAGGCCCUGCAGCAGCGGAUUCUGCAGCAGCAGCAGAUGAAGCAGCAGAUCGGGUCCCCGGGCCAGCCGAACCCCAUGAGCCCCCAGCAGCACAUGCUCUCAGGACAGCCCCAGGCCUCGCACCUCCCCGGCCAGCAGAUGGCCACGUCCCUCAGUAGCCAGGUGCGGUCCCCGGCCCCUGUCCAGUCUCCGCGGCCCCAGUCCCAGCCUCCACAUUCCAGCCCGUCGCCACGGAUCCAGCCCCAGCCUUCGCCGCACCACGUCUCGCCCCAGACCGGUUCCCCCCACCCAGGACUCGCGGUCACCAUGGCCAGCUCCAUAGAUCAGGGACACUUGGGGAACCCCGAACAGAGUGCAAUGCUCCCCCAGCUGAACACCCCCAACAGGAGUGCGUUGUCCAGUGAGCUGUCCCUGGUCGGCGACACCACAGGAGACACCCUAGAAAAGUUUGUGGAGGGUUUGUAGCAUUGCGAGAGCAUCGCUUUUUUUUGUUUCCCCUUUCAUGUUCUUGGACCUUUUGUACUGAAAUCCAGGCAUCUGGGCUCUUUUUAUCCCUAGAUGGAACUGCUACUUCCGAGCCAUGGAAGGGUAGAUUGCUGUUUAAAGAAACAAUACAAAGAAUAUAUUUUUUUGUUAAAAACCAGUUGAUUUAAAUAUCUGGUCUCUCUCUCGCUCUCUUUCUCUCUCUCUCUCUCUCUCUCUCUCUUUUUGUUUUUUGUUUUCUGUUUUUGUUUUUUUGUUUUGGGGGGAGGGGGGUUUUGUUUGGAUUCUUUUUGUCGUCAUUGCUGGUGACUCAUGCCUUUUUUUAACGGGAAAAACAAGUUCAUUAUAUUCAUAUUUUUUAUUUGUAUUUUCAAGACUUUAAACAUUUAUGUUUAAAAGUGAGAAGAAAAAUAAUAUUCAGAAACUGAUUCUUGAAAUAAUGCAAGCUUAUAAUGUAUCCCGAUAACUUUCUGACGUUGCGGGAAGAUUUUUUCUAUAGUGAACUCUGUGGGCGUUCUCCAAGUAUUACCCCUGGACGGUAGGAGUCGGCUCCUGCGCGCACACACGUACACACCCACACACACCUAUCUAUACAUACUGGCUUACGCCAAACUCUUGUCUUGCAGAUGUAGAAAUUGUUGCUUUGUUUCUCUGAUAAAACUGGUUUUAGACAAAAAAUAGAGAUGAUCACUCUCUUAGACCAUGCUAAUGUUAAUAGAGAAGAAGCAUUCUUUUCUUUCUUCUAUGUGAAACUUGAAAUGAGGAAAAGCAAUUCUAGUGUAAAUCAUGCAAGCGCUAUAAUUACUAUAAAUAAGAAAAUUCAAGAAGAUUCAAUCACUGUAUAGAAUGGUAAAGUACCAACUCAUUUCUUAUAUCAUAUUGUUAAAUAAACUGUGUGCAACAGACAAAAAGGGUGGUCCUUCUUGAAUUCAUGUACAUGGUAUUAACACUUAGUGUUCGGGGUUUUGUUAUGAAAAUGCUGUUUUCAACAUUGUAUUUGGACUAUGCAUGUGUUUUCCCCCCCAUUGUAUAUAAAGUACCGCUUAAAAUUGAUAUAAAUUACUGAAGUUUUUAA